UCGUGUGCACAGUAGGACCGGUCUGCAGUUGGGGCCGCACAGUCACUCCAUGGAAAUCGGAGCAUGAAAGCAGCCGACCGGCCCGGAAACAAGAAGCGAGGCGCUUAUUAUAAUUAUAUUUGGCUCAGUGCCCGCUGUCUAAGUCAUCUUACGGCAGGUUCCAUCUUGCUUUGCAAAAUCUGCCAAGUAACACCUUUAUAAAUCCGCUGAGGAAGUGAAUUGGUUGCAGUGCAAAGAGCGGCUCAACAGGGAGGCAUUGCAAGAGGAAGUUGUGAAGCUUAAGAGUUUGAAGGAUUCCACAUAGGAAGGCGAAAACAAACAGCGUUAAGGAAAAUGAUGCAAAUUAUGGAUACGUACAAUCAGAAGCACUCCUUAUUCAACGCCAUGAACAAAUUUAUAGCUGCGGUUAAUAACAUGGACCAGACAGUGAUGGUGCCUAGCCUUUUGCGGGAUGUCCCUCUUGAAGACGAAAGCAAGAGCGAAGUCAAUGGCGUCUCAAGUACUGGAGCGUCUAACUAUUACGCUGAUAAGCGGGAUAUGUACAACUACUACGUCUUGCUGAAAUCCAUCAAGAACGAUAUUGAGUGGGGUGUGGUGCAGCUGGACGAUAGGAAAAAAGAUAAAGCCGCCACCAUAGACCUUAGAGUGGAUGAGGUGGAAGGGGAAGAAGACUUGCAGAAACAAUUCCAUUAUCAUCUAAAUGGAUUAUACACCGUCCUGUCAAAACUGACCAGAAAAGCUAACAUCCUAACUAACCGCUACAAACAAGAAAUUGGAUUCGGUAGCUGGGGACAUUGAGCACAGAUCAAGUUACAAGGACUAACCUCCUGAAUGAAGUUAAGCCAAGCCUAACUGAAGUUGCAAGGUUGUUUUCUGCUCUGUCCUAAAAAACGAUAGAGGCAACGACUUAACUUGAUCAUUUAAAAUGCCCCUUUUUCUGUGUUAUUUCACGUCUUAUUUGCUGGGAGAAGGGAAGGCUUUUGUUGGUCGUGCUUAAUAAAUCUUUCAUUCAUGAAAUGGAAAGCUUGGCUGUGAGCGGCUAUGCCGGCGGAGAUUACAUUUUACUUUGCACUACUUUGUACUAUGUGUGAUGUAUAAAAUUGUAAUGUCUUGUAUACCGUUUACUCGUUUUACAAACGCACGAGAUAGACACCUAUCUUUCUACAAUCUCCACAUGGUACACGAAGUUCCUAACAAAAUGAGGUUGUUGAAAAAGCCAAUGACAUUAAAGCUAUAUAGUUCUGUGGGUAAUUUGCUGUAUGGAACCAACUGAAAAAUUCUGAUAAAAGAAUAAUGACGAGGUUUCCUGUGUCUACAACGUAUUUUUCGUAUUUAAACCAUACUUUUGUACAAACUGAUAUAUUAAACCAAUGUUUAAAAAUAAAAAAACUAGUUUUAAAAAAA